AGGUAAUACCCCACUACCUUAUACCACACAGCUAUUGCAUAAAAUAUAGUCGGCGAUUUACAAGACUUUGCGUCGUCGUAAGCAAUAUAUCGUUGACAAAGUGUAUUAAUAAAAAAUUACUCAAACGAAUUUUUAAUGAUGUUACAAUGAUGCACUUUUUCAAAAUCCCUUUUUUCGUAAUUCUCUAUUUUGUGGUGACCGACAUAAAGUGUGCCGAAAAAUUAUUGAAUCGCAACGAUGGAAAAACAAAUUUUACUGUGCCGUUUUCGAAAACGAACAAUUACUCGUUGGAAAACAACGUUAUCGAACUGGAAUUGAGUGAAGAGUUGCUGGGCGAAGAAGAAAUCGGCAAGAGGUGUUUGAGAAAUGUGACGAAAUGUCAAGAAGAAGAUAAUUCCUACCACCAAACUUCAGAAAAACUUCUAGAUUUCAUUUCCACAUCGAUUCCGCCAUUCGACUUGAGCUACGUACCAGGUGUUAGCUCAACUUGCCAAAAAGACAGUAGAAAAUUCAUAAAGGAUUUGAAAUUGUUUAAAUUAUGGGCCUUGAAAAUGUACGACUCGUCGGCGAAAAUUCCUUCAGGCAUUCUAGCAGGAAAUACAAACCAGCUAGGAAAUUUCGACAUGUGCUUGUCGGCAAUCAACGAAAACCAAAACAUCUACGGCCAAUAUUGUUUGGCGGCUCUGGAAGUGAAAAUACCGCAAAGUCCUUACUUGGCCGGGCUACAUAAAAUGCUCCAGUCGCAUUAUCAUUUUAAAAGUACCCUAGAAGAUCCUGGCCAUAGGGUACCAAGGUUUUCAAGCAUCAACUGGGCAUUGUGUGUACCAAACUCAUGCAAUUCAAACGAUAUAAGUUUGGGCUUGAAAAAAUCCUUAAAAAGAAUUUUGGAUGGUACCGAAUUAGAAGUGCGAUUUGAAGUUGAUCCAACAAUGUGCCAGAGUCAAGAGAAAUCAAAAGAAAUUCCUAAUUCGACAAUAAUUGCUUUAGUAAGUUUUGCUAGCAUUAUAUUAUUUGAGCUGUUUGCCACUUUUUACGACAACUACGCCAAUGGACCAAAAAAUCAAUGGAUAACUAGUUUUUCUAUACAAAAGAACAUCAAAACUUUAGUUACCAUUAAAAGAUCAUCUGGAGAUAUUCAAUCGAUUCAUGGAAUUCGCAUGUUGAAUGCUAUUCUAUUGGUUUUAGCUCAUAAAUCUAUGGCUCUAUUUUUUAUGCCUUAUGUUAAUCGGACUCAGGCUGUUGAGUACCUUGGAAGGCCCUUUUCAGUACUAGGAAGAGCGGCAAGCUUAUACACCGACCCCUUCAUAAUGAUUUCCGGACUUUUAACUUCCUAUUCUUUAAUAGGCAAACUGAACAAAACUGGAAAAAUUAACAUACUACAAGAAUAUGUUUCCAGGUUGUACAGGAUUGUGCCAACGUUUGCAGCUUUAAUAGCAUUUUGUACAUUUAUUUUGCCAUGGUUAAACGACGGGCCGAUGUGGAACUUGGUAGUGACUCAUCAUUCGGACAUUUGCAAAAAAUAUUGGUGGAGAAAUUUGAUGUUUAUACACAACUAUUUUGGAUUCAAGGAUAUGUGCCUCACCCAUACUCACCAUCUAGGAAUUGAUACCCAACUUUUCUUUGUAUCACCCUUUUUAGUUUACACUGUAUGGAAGUGGCCAAUCAAAGGUUCAGUUUCCUUGGUAUGUUUAGCAGCUAUAUCUACAAUGGCCAGAUAUUAUGUAACCUAUACGAUGAGGCUGUCAAAUUAUGUGCAUUUUGGAACAUCUGUCCAACAAUUAUUCAAUACAGCAGACUAUAUGUACAUCCUUCCACCUCAUAGAGCUACAGUGUAUAUAAUGGGCAUUCUUAUGGGUUACUUAUUAAAAAAGUAUUCCAAUACUACUUUAAGCAAGACACAAAUCCGUAUGGGAAACACUUUAGCCCUUUUUAGUUUUCUCAUUUCAUAUUUUGGACCAUCAUUUAUGGGAAAAAUCGAUUACGUAUACAAUCCCACAGAUGCUGCACUGUAUGCCGCAUUUUCUCCAAUUUUAUGGGUCGCCUCAUUUUGCUGGAUAAUCUACACCAGCGAAUUGGGCUACACUGGAAUUGUUGGCAAAUUGUUUUCGCUUCCCAUUUGGACAUUGUGGACCAAAGUUUCCUACACAGUCUACUUGACACAAUUUCCGAUUUUCUUUUACAAUGUAGGUGUUGCAAGAGCCAGUCAAGAGUUUGGAUUUUUUACCAAAAUGCUGAAUGUCCAAGAGUAUAGUUGGAUUUUGGGCUUGUCGGUACUAUUGAGUGUAAUGUUUGAAAUGCCGUUUCAAAAUAUUAGAGCUUUGAUGCUGAAAAGGACUGGGAAUUGUGGAAAUAGUGAUGGAGAGGUUAAAAAAGUGCUAUGAGACUUUAAUUUUAAACAAUAGGAUAAGAUUAGCUUUUGACUGAAAAUGUACUUACCUAUUUUGUGUAUAUACAGGGUGUUACAAAUUCGCCAGUAAGUAUGGGGAUCUUAUUGGUAGUUAGAUAGAACAGAUACAGGGUGGAUGAAGUUUCAAUUUUAUAUAUUUUCCGAAUCUUGAAUCUCCAAAGAAAAAAAAAAUCUAAUGGAAAAUUAUUUUUUAGUUCAUGACAAGCUCAAGAAAAAUUGCCAAUAUUUCCAUUGAAAUUUCUCUAUAAAUCUGUGCUGAAUUAGUUUGAUAGUUCAAGUAUUUUCUGAGGAAUUGAGCCACAAAUUUGAACAUUUUUAAAGGGUAUUUUGGUGAGCAAUUCAACUAACCGUGUAUCCCUUAGGGUUACCGAAAUCGCCAUACUAAUUCACGGAAUUUGUAGCACCCUGUAUAUCAUUUUCAAACUACCUCUAUUAUUUAUAAGGUGUUCCAAUAUUUCUUAAAAAUUAACAGUGGUUUUAUUAUAGGAAGUAUAAGUAAAUAGUUAACUGAGACUUUUAAAUUGUAAUUGUACUAAUCACCCUGUAUAUUGAAAAUGAAGCUUUUAUAUUAUAGACAUCAAAUUGAUUUCCUUGUUCUGAUGAGUAUAGGUAUAGACGUUGUAAGACCUCCUGUAUAAAUAUUAUAUUUAUUAUUAAAUUAAUGCCAUUAAUGGUAAACUGCCAAAAAUAAUUAAUUUGGCAAUGUGAUUUUUGCUAUUAUUACUAGGUAUAUUAUUAUAUUAUAAAUAAAGUGUUUUAUGUUUGUAAAUAAAAUAUGUGUUUUGACUUUA